CGUCAUCGCGAUGUCCUUCUCUGAUUGGCUGUAAACAAUCGGCGGGGGAAACGCUCCGGGUUCGAACACGAACACACACACACACUUCUCGGUCCAUCGUCCACCGGCCGCCGCGUCGAGUUCGUGCCGCUGAACCGGUACCGGGGUCGGGAUGGAUGUUUCUCGGCACGACGGUGACGUCGCGAAGGUUUCACAGAAACUAGAGACGUCUUUAUCCAUGGACACAGACGACAAGAUGGAGGCUCACCACAGAUUCAUUCAGGAGGGUAAAGACGUUGCCCGACAGGGGAACUUUGUCAAAGCGCUGCAGUUCUUCAAACAGGCUCACAAGCUUCACCAGAGUGAGAAACUUGAAAGGAGAAUAAAGAAAAUUGAAGAACUUAUUGCUGAGAAAGACUUAGAGGAGGAGGACGACGAUGAAGAGUUUGUCAAUGUCAACAACAGCGGUCUGAUGCUUUUUAAAGAGUUGUACGACAAGCUGUACGACUACCAGAGAAACGGAGUGGCCUUCUUGUAUGGCCUCUACAGAGACGGUCUCAAGGGCGGGAUUCUGGCGGACGACAUGGGUCUGGGUAAAACCAUCCAGGUGAUAUCGUUCCUCUCCGGAAUGUACGACAACGAGCUGGUGAAAAACACACUGCUGGUCAUGCCGACGUCACUCAUCACAAACUGGACCAAGGAGUUCGCCAAAUGGACCCCCGGCAUGAGGGUCAAGGAGUUUCACGGUACCAGCAAAGGAGAGCGGACCAGGAACCUGGAGAAGGUUCAGAGGAGAGGUGGUGUCGUCAUCACCACGUACACUAUGCUCAUGAACAACUGGCAGCAGCUGUCGUCAUACCACGGCAACGAGUUCUCGUGGGACUACAUGAUCCUGGACGAGGCCCACAAGAUAAAAACCACAACCACCAAAACUGCCAAAAGUGCCUCAGCCAUACCUUCAAAGAACAGAGUUCUUCUCACGGGAACUCCGGUCCAGAAUAACUUGAGAGAAAUGUGGGCGCUCUUCGACUUCGCUUGUCAUGGCAUGCUGCUUGGCACGGCCAAAACGUUCAAGACGGAAUACGAAAACCCAAUCACCCGUGCCAGAGAGAAGGACGCCACUCCGGGAGAAAAGGCCCUCGGUUCCCGGAUGUCGGAGAACCUCAUGGCCAUAAUAAAACCCUACUUUCUCCGCAGGACAAAAUCCGAAGUGCAGAAAAGCAAAAUGAACGGCGACACACGCCCCUGUAAAGAGGAACGCCCGGACGACGAGGACAGCCAAGUCCCAAAUCCUCCCAAAGACUCCGGAGCGGUCAUGCCCACGCUGAUGAGAAAGAACGACCUGAUAGUCUGGACUUACCUGAGCGCCGUGCAGGAGGACAUCUACCGGCAGUUCAUCUCACUGGACCACAUCAAGGAGCUGCUCCUCACCACCAGGUCGCCACUAGCCGAAUUAACCAUUUUGAAAAAGCUGUGCGACCACCCAAGGCUGCUCUCCGCCGGGGCCAUAGCCAAGUUGGGUUUGGAGGAGAGUACAUCUGAGAACCCCGACACUCAUAGCAUCGCCCACGUUCCCGACAACACUUUGAUAUCUGAGUCUGGGAAACUUGUGUUCCUCUUCCAGCUCCUGGAACAGCUCAGACGAGAAGGCCACCGCAUACUUGUCUUUGCUCAUUACAGGAAGGUGCUGGACAUUAUCGAACGCGUCCUGGGCAACAGAGGCUUCAAGCUGCUGAGGCUGGACGGGACUAUAACAAAGAUCGCGGAGCGAGAGAGGCUAAUCACUCUGUUCCAGACAGACCAGCGUUACUCCGUCUUCCUCCUCACCACCCAGGUCGGGGGAGUUGGCAUCACGCUGACGGCGGCGGACAGAGUCGUUAUCUACGAUCCCAGCUGGAACCCGGCCACAGACGCCCAGGCCGUGGACAGAGCUUACCGCAUCGGACAGACGGAGAACGUCGUCAUCUACAGGCUGAUCACCUGCGGCUCGGUGGAGGAGAAGAUCUACCGCCGGCAGGUGUUCAAAGACUCCCUCAUCCGACAGAACACCGGAGACAAGAAGAACCCGUUUCGCUACUUCAGCAAACAGGAGCUGAAGGAGCUCUUCACUCUGGAGGAAACCCGGUCCUCGUCCACACAGCUGCAGCUCCAGACCCUGCACUCCAGACACCGGCAGACCGACCCCCAACUGGACGAGCACAUUGCCCACCUCCACGCCAUGGACAUGUUUGGGAUCUCCGACCACGACCUCAUGUUCUCCCUCGACGUCAACCACGACGAGGCCCUGCAGGACCAGCAGGAGCACCACUACAUCGAAGGGCGGGUCCAGAAGGCGCAGGAGCUGAUGAAGGCAGAGUCGGAGCUGCAGAUGCAGCUGGCAGAGAGCAUGGCUUCCAGCACAGAACCGGCGUGGCUCAGACAACCAGUGGACAAUCACAACAGGGAGCGGUCACGCGAGAAAAAACCAAGAGGUCCAAGGCCAAGUCCUGCGUAUCCGCAACACGACCACGGCGACAAUGUAAACACGUCACCAGUUGUUGUGGAGCUUGACAACUCGGGUUCUGACAAGGAGGAUGGCCAACAGAACCUGAGUGAUGGAGUCAUUGAUCUCACUGCUGAUGUGAGUACGACGGAAACACAAUCUGGUGUAGACGCGAGCCAAGACGAGCUUUCCGAGCAGAACCCCGAUUCCCCGGAACACCGGUCUGUCGAGCAGGACGGGAGAUUCCCUGGAGGAGCAGACGUCUCUCUUCAGGAGGUGAUGUCGAGGUCCGUCGAUGCCACAGAAGGUGAUGCAGCCGACGCCUCGGUGCAAGAACUAAUGGACCAGUCGGAGGCUGCAGGGGAGGUCUGCCUCUCAUACGUUACUGCAGUCGACGAAGAAGAACAGCUGCAGGACAGAAGUUCACUCUCAAACCGCCCCGACUCCUCGAUGGAGGAGGCGGCGGCUCAGCGUCACGUCACACCUCUGCAGAACAAACGACUGUCUGUGUUACAGACAUCGAAUUCAAGCUUCAGAGCAGACUCGUCAUCCCGAGUCGGCCUGGAAUCCUUAGAGGGAAACUUCCAUUUACAGCUGGAGGACAGCGACAUGUUCUCAGACGACGAGGACCAGGUUCCGGAUCCUCAGGAGACGGAAGAGGAGGAGAGGGAGCUGCUGUCACGGCUGCAGGUCGACGGCAGUUUUGACGUGAAUAAAUCUCUUGGAGAGAAGCAACACGAAGAAGCUCUGAGGCGAAGCUUCAACGGUGGCCGUGCGUCGGACACGGAGGAGUCCAUGAACCACUCUCUUGUAGUCACCAAGAAGAAAAGAGCUGCAGUGAUUUAUGAUAGUGAAGAAGAAGAAGAGGAGGAGGAGGAUGAUGAUGAUAGGCAACUUGAAGUCUUCUCCCAGGCGCUGGGAGCCUCCACACCUAAAUCGGCGCCCUCUGGCUCCACCCCUCUCCGGUCGAGAAGGAGCGUCGGAGGAAACACCUCCGUGGCCUCCCGCCGGUCGCUGCUCAACUCCGUCAUCGAAGACAUGGUGGACGAAGACGAAGACGAUAAUCUCUCAGAGAUUCAUUCUAAUGAGGCCGAAGAGGACGACGCCAUUGAUUCAUCUCAUGGGCUUCAGCUGGACGAGACCACGGGAGAAACUCUGAACACCGAGGAGGAGGAGGAGGAGGAGGAAGAGGAGGAAGAGGAAGAACUCGCCGAGUCGGCAGAUGUCACCAGUAAGUCUGGAGAGGCGAGUAGCAUCAACCUCGAGGAGUCAACCAGCGAACCUGAGCUCGCCUCCACCGAGAGAAUGGAACAGUACACGGUCGACGCAUGUGUCAAGACGGACGGGAGGAAAAAAGAUGAGUUGGAGGACGAGAGCUACGACUGGCUGGUCGGCAGGGGGAGGCGGAGCUACAGCCAAGGGAAGCUGGACGACGCGCUGGGCUUCUUUCUGAGGGCCAUUGACAUCAGACCUGGAGAUCCUGAGGUUCAGCUCAUGACCAUCCAGCUGUACCGGCAGCUGAGUCAGAGACGUUAGAACACACACACACACACACACACACACACACACACACACACACACACACACACACACACACACACACACACACACACACACACACACACACACACACACACACACACACACACACACACA